CCGAGCUGGAGACUAUUACAUGCUUGAAGAUGUUAAUGAUGAAGAUUUAGACUUAGAACUGUUAUCUUCUAAAACUGAUAAAGAUGAAGAUGAGGAUCCUGAAGUGAAGAUGAAAGGCCUGAAUGCUGUCAGUUUGUUAAGUCAGACCUUGAAGAAUAAUCAUGAACGAGAUGUGGAAGAAGUUAAAGAAAGUCCUAGCGAUGUUGAGGAUCAGCAGUCCAUCGGUAGGACCUCUGCUGUUUCAGGAUUUUCUCAGCCCCAACCAGUUUCCCAACUUGAUUUGCAUCUGUCAUCACCAGAAGCUAGGGAACAAGAAUUAACAAAGGAUGUUCGAAUCAGUACCACUGGUUUUAGAGGACAGGUACACUCAGACAGUGCUAGUGAGAUGGAGAAACCUGUACAAGAAAGUAUCUUAGAGAGAAUUGGUGGAUGGGUGGAGUUUGGAAUUGCCUUCCUACUGUCUGUGUUAAUUAGUGCCACUGCCAAACUCAACCACAUUUCUAAAGAUUAUCGUUACGUUGCCUACAAACUUUCUCUUAAAAAAAAGUCUCUGAAAAAAGAGCGUCACAAGAGACAACGAGCUGAAAGUUUAAAAAAACCAGAACUGAAAGAUCCAAAAGCGUUAGAAACAUCAAAAGAAACAGUUGCAAUUUGGAUUGACUUUUAUAUGAACAGUAAAGACCUUACUAAAAGCCAUGGACGCUUAACUGCAUCUGAUGCUGUAAAGAGAGAUUUUGAGAAGAGCCAGCCAACUAUUGUGCGUUUCCUGGUGGCAUGCUACUAUGCUAUCGUCUCUCAUUCUGAUGUGUUGUGUUAUUUGAUUAUUGUAAUAAAUCAACUGAAAUCUGCAAGUUUGUUGUCUCUGCCGUUGCCCUUCAUGGCCUUUCUUUGGGGAGCCCUAUCUGUUCCAAGGCCUACCAAGACCUUCUGGAUUACUAUCAUUACAUACACCGAGGUUGUGGUAGUUAUCAAAUACCUGUUCCAGUUUGACUUUUUCCCUUGGAAUGUGGAAACUCAUGUGAAUGCCCCUUUCUGGGCACCAAGAAUUUUGGGCAUUGAAAAGAAAGACGAUUAUGCAGUUUACGAUUUGGCCCUUCUUCUUGUAGUGUUCUUCCAUCGUUUCGUGUUAAAGAGCUUAGGACUGUGGAAAGAUGAAGAGAAAGCACAAACCUCUUCUAGAGAAGUCUUGGAUAAGAAACCUAAUAGUUUAUCUAAGGAAAUGCUGGCAGAGAGACCAGAGUCAGAUAUAGAUUGGUUUAUCGUUUCUGUAGAAGGCCAGAAAGUGAUGCAAGGAGAGGCAACAGAUGGGAAGACUGAUGAAACAGGUAGAAGUCAAGACAGUGAAGAUCUCUUAGGGUCAUUUAAUCAAUAUGGUGAUGUAGGUAAGUCAGAUGAACAGAAACCAGAAGAUAGAAAAAAACCUUCAAAUAUCUAUAGAGGGCCUUUCAGAAAGUUCUUCAUGAACCUGCUGAGUCCAGAGUAUCGGGUAACUGUGGAUGUGUAUGCGUUUAUGUUUCUCUGUGAAUUUGUCAACUUCUUAAUAGUUGUUUUUGGCUACUGGGCAUUUGGUGUAAGUACUAACAGUUUCACAGUUUAUGUACCUGUUUUUUCUGGGCAUGCUAACUUGACUUUAUAUCUAAUGAGCUUGUUGAGAGAAUUCACAAGUCCUACCAGACUCCCUCCAAAACUGUGGUACUUUAUCAAGUGUAUCUAUCUCUUGCUGUCAGCUUAUCAGAUCCGGUCUGGUUAUCCAACACGUAUUCUUGGAAUUCUCUUCUGCAAGGAAUACAACUACAUUAAUUACUUCCUCUUCAAAGGUUACAUGAUGAUUCCCUUUUUAUAUGAACUUCGCUCGCUGAUGGACUGGAUCUGGACAGACACCAGCUUGAAUGUGAGCAACUGGUUGAAGAUGGAAGAUAUUUUCACAAACAUUUAUCUCUUGAAGUGUAUUCGUCGAGUGGAAGCUGAAUACCCUACCCCACGAGGAGUUAAGCGUGCUGCCUUAAUUAAGUAUGGAGUAGGAGGUCUACUUUUGUUCCUUAUUAUCCUAAUUAUUUGGUUCCCUUUGUUGCUGUUUGCCCUAGGCAACACUGUGAGGUUGCCAAAUACUCCAUACGAUUGUACAGUCGAGAUUACUGUUGAAGGCUAUGAACCUAUUUUUAAAAUGAGUGCCCAGCGAAGUUCACUAAAGCCCUUUACACAAAAUGAUUGGGAUAAAAUGCUGUAUUACUAUCGAUCAGAUUCAUCUGCACAGUCUUUUCUUGCUAACUAUGAUGUCAGAGAUGUUACUUUGAUUGAACUAAAUGGAAAUUCUACUUCAGUGUGGGGCAUAAGCCCUCCUAGUCAGUUUGCUCUUAUCGCUGAAUUGUUGUCUAAUGAAACUGAGUUGAAUGUGAAGCUAGCUUGGUCAUUUUCCAGAGAAUCCAAGCCUUCAGAUAUAGAGAAGACUGUUCAUAAUGAACAUAUUAUUAAAUUGAAUAAUAUCGAACAUGGAGAGCUUCGAGAGAAGCUGGCUGAAAUGCUGAAUGGUAGGAGCAAUGUACAUGAAAUAAAACUUCCAUAUCUGUUUCCUAAGUACUUGAAAGUUCCUGGUCGAGGUCAGCCUUCCCCUAUCAAAGACUUAGUCAGUAGUAGUGAACACCACCCUGAUGCAGAUCAGCAGCUCUUCAGAAAUCUAUCCCUACGUCUGAGACAUGUCUCUUUUGGUAACAUCAGUGCUGAAUCACGGUGGUGGGAGGUGCAGGAAGAGUGUACCAGCACUGGCUAUCCCUACUCAUUUCUUUCAGCAAGAAACUGCCAGUACUUGCAGCUGAUUGCUUUCAAUGAAAAAAUUUUUCCCUCUGAACUCUCUGCUCUUUCAGGAUAUGGGAUUGUUGGAUUAUACACGACCUUUGUGUUGGUGGUAUCCAGAAUAGUUCGUGGUGCUGUGACAGGCACCAGCUUCAAGAUCAUUUACAGUGACAUGCCUUAUGUGGACCGUGUGCUCCAGCUCUGUCUCGACAUCUAUCUUGUUCGUGAGAGUGGCGAGUUUUCACUGGAGGAAGAUCUUUAUGCUAAACUACUCUUCUUGUACAGAUCUCCUGAAAAAUUAAUAUCAUGGACACGGUAUCCACAAGAUAACCCAGUUCCAAAUUAACGUCUCAACUCCACAGAAUAACAGAAGGUGAGUCAGUGAUGUUUCAUUUCGUCAACUUGGCCGUCACUUCAACUGCACCCCUUUCGUUUAAUGAACACAGCUAUUACUUGAACAAGAUUGUGUUCAACUCCACUGUCUCUGGAAAAGCAUAAUUUCAUUUGUUUAGAAAGAAGAACAUAACAUAGCUCUGUCUAGAGUAACUUAAGUGUAUAAUUAUAUUCUAUGGAGAAAGGGAAUGUUUAGUAGGAUAUCGGAAAACAUUUAAAAAAAAGUUUUUCAGUGUUUAAAAUGUAGAUGCAAGUAAAGAGAUCUGACAAUAGUUUCUUCAAAUUAUAUUCACAAUUUAGAUGAAUAAAUAUGCAAAUUCAGUUAGAUAUUUUAUAGAUUUUUGCUCUAUUGAUUUUAGUAGAGGAGUAAAACAAAAUAUUUGUAACAUAUCUUAUAUAUGUUGUUCAGAAAUCCAAUUUUUUAACUUUCGUACUUAUAUGCUUGAUGUAUCUAGUAUUUAUAUGCUUCACGAUUUCCAAUUGUUGACUUGUAGCUGAUCGAAUCAAACUUAAGUGAAGACAAACUUUACUUAUGUAUUUGUGUUUCUUAAUCAUUGUGGGUCACUCUUUUCUCAGAAGAUAGAAAGUAUAUAGAAAAUAGUUUUUAUCCUUAUGUAUACACAGCUGAAAGCUACUGACAUAAAUGUCAAGGUUUGUCCCGAUGCUUGCUCAUCUCUGCACCAUAUAGACCUACUUAGAGAACUUUAUAAAUAAAGUGUAAUUUUUGUGCUUUUCACUUGGUGCCUAUCUAUGGAAUUAAUCUAUAAAUUGGUUUAAAAAAACAAAAAACUUGUUGGAUUAAUUUUGUUGAUAAGAAUGUAUCAGUACUAUAAAC